GUGCCCGAUACCUCCCACACAUGAAAACUGCCGAAGCAACAUCAAAUGCGGCAUGAACAACAGUCUUCCUCCAGGAUGGCGGGUGAGCAACAGUCAAGGUAGCUGGAGCGCCCCAAGUGCGCCGCAAAUAGAUAGGCACAUCGAGGAUGACGAUGGCGACGACGGAGGCCUGGACGAUGAAGCUUUGAGGCCUGACUCUCCAGGAUGGGAGGAUGUAGAAGAUGACACGGAGCCUACGAGCUUCAAGUGCCUGCUAUGUGAAGAUCACUUCGAGACUGUGCGGCAGAUGGUAGAUCAUGCCCAACAGAACCACGACUUCGACCUUGAUCUGAUAAGAACAUCCAACCAGCUCGACUUUUACAGCACAAUAAGGCUCAUUAACUACGUAAGGGAGCAGGUCCGUCUCGGCGCCAACGCGAUCGAGUACAGCCACCCUGCGGCGUGGGCAGACGAAAAGUAUCUGCAGCCGGUGCUGGAGGAUGAUGCCCUUCUGUACAGCAUUGAUGAGCUUGCAAAUCCUGAGAACCCAGAUGACCCGCUUGUGCAGCAGCAACAGGACGACGAGGAUGCCACGGCGGGAGGCGAGGGUUCGGGGCACAAAAUGCUGGCUGAGAGAGCUCUUCGCUAGUCUUUGUGAACAAGUCUCCGGC